AAGCAAGACCGAGUAUUUGAUAUAGUGGUUAUGGUUGAGGUGUCAGAAACACAAGAUUUGAAGAGGAUUCAAGGGGAAAUUGCAGACAAAUUGGGUCUUGAAUUCAGGGAAGAGACUGUAUCAGGAAGAGCAGAUAGACUUUAUGACAGAUUAAAGAAAGAGAAGAGGAUUCUCAUAAUUUUAGACAACAUAUGGGAAAAACUUGAUCUGGAGGAUGUGGGAAUUCCUUUUGGAGAGACUCACCAGGGAUGCAAGAUUCUUUUGACUUCUAGAGAUCAAAAUGUUUUGUCAAUUGUGAUGGACAGUCAAAAAAAUUUUGGAGUUGGUAUUUUAAGAGAAGACGAAGCUUGGAUCUUGUUCAAGAAGAUGGCAGGUGAUAGUGUGGAAAGUCCUGAUUUACGAUCCAUAGCUGUCGAAGUUGCUAAGGAGUGUGCAGGUUUGCCUAUUGCUAUUGUAACAGUUGCAGGAGCAUUGAAAAAUAAGAGUUUGCCUUUAUGGAAGAAUGCUUUGCGAGAACUAAGAAGACCGUCUUCAAGGAAUUUCACUGGAAUGCAGGCAGUUGUAAGCUCAAGUAUAGUGCUUAGUUACAAUCAUUUGGAAAGUGAUGAGCUUAAAGCAACUUUCUUGCUUUGUGGCUUUAUGGGUUCUUCAAUGAUUCUAGACUUGUUGAAGCAUGGUAUAGGCUUGGGUUUGUUCCACCAUGCCAAUACAGUGGAGGAAGCACAUGAUAGAGUACAUACUUUGCUCAGCAAUCUUGAGGCCUCGGGUCUAUUGCUUGACCCUUCAAACAAUUCUCAGUUUGCUAUACAUGAUGUUGUACGUGAUGUUGCCAUUUCAAUUGCAGCCCGAGAUUGGAACGUUUUUGCAUUAUUAAGAAAUGAGGUUGGACCAAAGGAUUGGCCUACUGCAGAUUGCACUGGUAUAUCUUUAUUCUAUAAUGAUAUUAGUGAGCUCCCUGAGGAGUUGGAAUGCCCCAAAUUAAGGUUUUUUUACCUUGUUAAUAAAAAUCCUUCUCUGAGAAUUUCAAACAAUUUCUUUUCAGCAAUGAAAGAAUUGAAGGUUCUGGAUUUAACUGAAAUGCAUCUCCCUUCAUUACCUUCCUCAAUUGGUCUCCUAACUGAUCUUCAAACCUUAUGUUUGGAUCUUUGUUCAUUGGAAGAUAUUGCUAUUAUUGGACAACUAAAGAAGCUAGAAAUUCUCAGUCUUUUGAGAUCUAACGUGGAACAACUGCCCAAGGAGUUGAGUCAAUUGACUCGGCUACAAUUGUUGGAUUUGAGUGACUGUUCUAAACUCAAAGUAAUUCCAGCAGGGGUAAUAUCAAGCCUCACACGACUCGAACAGCUCUACAUGGGAAAUAGCUUUAAAGGAUGGGAGGAUGAAGAACUAAACAAACAAGCAAGUAAUGCUAACCUUUCAGAGGUAACGUACUUGCCUCACUUGAUAGUCUUAGAAAUACAUAUUCCAGAAACCCAAAUUAGUUUGAAAGAUUUGUUCCCUGAAAAGUUAGAUAGGUAUAAAAUAUUUAUAGGAGAUAUGUGGGACUGGUCUGGUAAAAAUGAAAACUCUAGGACAUUGAAACUCAAGUACAGUGCUAGCCCUCAUUUAGAAGAUGGAAUCUAUAAAUUGUUGAAAAAAACUGAAGACCUGUAUUUAGAUGAAUUGAAGGGUGAUGCUAAUGUUCUUUGGAAAUUAGAUAGGGAAGGCUUUCCAAAAUUGAAGCAUCUCCAUGUCCAAAAUAGUCCCAAUAUUCAAUAUAUUGUAAACUCGAUGGAGGAGCCAUGGGUUAGCUCAAAAGCUUUUCCGAUAUUGGAGUCACUGUUUCUUCAGAGUCUUAUUAACUUGGAAAAGAUAUGCCACGGGAAGGUUACUGUGGAGUCUUUCAACAAAUUAAAAACUAUAAAAGUGAGAAGUUGUGGAAGAUUGGAGAAUCUGUUCAAAUUCUCCAUGUUCAGGUGCCUUGUUCAGCUUCAAGAAAUUGAAGUAACUGAUUGUGAGAACAUAGCAGGGAUUGCUUCCGCAGAUAACCAGGUUGCUAAUAUGUAUGGCGAAGCAGCAGAUAUAAUUCAGCUUCCUCAAUUACAGAUCUUGAUUUUACAAAAUCUACCAUCACUCAUUAGCUUUGUGUAUGAUACUGCACCUUCAACAUCUCAAAGUAGAAGUUCAAAUCCCAUGCCACUUUUAGAUGAAAAGAUGUUGUUCUCCAACUUAUUGGAAUUGAAAUUAUCCUCAGUGAAUGUAGCAAAGAUAUGGCCUGACCAACCCUUAGCAAUGGCAUCUUGUAUAAAAAAUCUGAAAAACUUGACAGUGGAGGGAUAUGAUCGCUUAAAAUAUCUCUUCCCAUCUUCUAUGGCUAGAACUCUUGUACAACUCAAAACCAUUGUGAUACGCAAUUGCAAGAUCAUGGAAACAGUCAUAGACAUGAAACCUGAGGAAGAAGGAGAAACCAAACACUUUGUGUUCCCUGAACUACAUGACCUGAGGCUUGAAAAUCUUCCUCAGCUUAAUCAGUUUUGCGCUGGAAAAUCAAUUGAACUUCCAUCCCUGAGAUUGAUGGUGAUACGGAAAUGCCAUGAAUUAAGGGCCUUUAUCCCUGAUGUUAUCAGUAAAGGGAGAAAGGAUAGUGAAGAAUCCGCAAGAAGGGGCCGAGAGAAGGAUAGUGAUGGUGAUUUGGUUUUAUUUGAUGAAAAGGUUGGAGUGCCUAAUUUGGAGAGGCUAAUCCUUGAGCAGAUGGAUAAAAUGGUCCAUAUAUGGCACAAACAACUUGCUCCAGAUGCUUUCUCCAAGCUAGAUUAUAUUGCUCUAUGGAAAUGCAAAAAGUUGUUGCAUGUUUUUCCCCCUAUUAUGAUAAACAGGCUUCAGAAACUAGACCGUUUGCGAGUAAAUCUCUGUGAGUCUGUACGAUGUAUAUUUGGAAGAGAAUGGCCUAAUUCCACAGGAAAAAGAAUUGAAACAACUACUCAAUCAACUGAAGCUGGAACAGCCCUUAGAUUUGUAUUUCCUCAAGUAACUUUGUUGGAGCUCUGGGACCUACCAGAACUGAACAGUUUCUAUCCUGGUGUGCAUAUUACAAAGUGGCCAAUGUUAAGAAGAAUGCACUUGCAUGGAUGUGACAGUGUGAAGAUAUUGGCUUCAGAAUUCCAGUGGUUCCAAGAAAAGCAAAGGAAGAGGCAACCUGAGAUUCCAGUUCAACAACCCUUCUUUUUUGUCAAUGAGGGUACAUUCCCUAAUUUGGAGGAGUUAAAAUUAGCGCAAAUUGGUACCAUGACGGAUAUAUGGUGUGGUAAAUAUUCAUCAGUGUAUUUCCGCAAAUUGAAAGUUCUUGAGCUGAUAGGCUUUCUUCAGCAACAAGUUGUUCCUCCCAUUGACUUCAUUCAAUUACUACCCAAUCUUGAAAAGCUUCAUCUAAAUGAUGCUCCAUUUGAAAGAAUUUUCCAAAUUACAUGGCUUGGUAGCAGAGAAAUGCAUCCAGGGAUGAUAUCUAAAUUAAGCGAGUUAAAGUUGUCUAAACUUCCUUUCUUGAAGCAUUUGUGGAGGGAGGAACUCAAACCUGACCAAAUUUUUGGGAGCUUGGGGACUGUAGAGUUCAAAAAUCCAGUGUCCUUCUCAACAACAUUCUGGACUCUGACAAUUCUAGAAAUCUCAAAAUGUCAUGGAUUGAUCAAUUUAAUGACGCCCCGGAUGGCUAACUGCCUAUUGCAACUAACAAAACUGAGUAUAACUGAUUGUGAAAGCUUGUCAGAAAUCAUAGGUCACACUGGGGAAGAAGUGAAAGACAUGAUUUUAUUCAACAAACUGAAGCAUUUGGGACUCUAUUCUUUGCCGAGUCUUGCAAGUUUUUGCUUAGGAAAUUACACAUUUGAAUUCCCAUCCCUUGAAGAAGUUAUCAUAAGAGGAUGCCCUAGGAUGAGGAUUUUCUCUGAAGGAGUCUUGAGCACACCAAAGUUACUGAAAAUACAGUUGACGGAAGGAGAAGAUAUGGGGCACUGGAAUGGUGACCUUAAUACCACCAUAAAACGGUUGUUCAGAGAAACAGUAACUUUUCGUGGAUUAGAGCAUCUAAAACUGUCAAUGUUUCCAGAUUUAUUAGAAGUAUGGAACAGAAGUCCCAUUUUGCCUUUGGAGUUUAACACCCUUAAAUCACUGGAAGUUCUAAAUUGUAACAGCUUGAGAUACUUAUUCACUCCAUCGACUGCACAGAGGCUUGUGCAACUAGAAGAGAUGAAAAUACAGGAUUGUACCACGAUGGUAGAAAUAAUCACUACAGAAGAGGCUGAAGAACCAGCAGUGCAAUUCACUUUCCCUUCACUUAAAUCUAUUUCCCUUGAGUCUUUGCCUAGCCUCACAAGCUUCUGUUCUGCUAGUGAUACUGUAGAAUGCACAUCCCUGGAGAACAUUACCAUAAAGAAUUGUCCCAAUAUGAUAACAUUUGCUUCAGUAUUUUCAGGGGAACAAGAAUUGAAUGUAAAUGAUGGAAGAAACAUUAACUAUCAUAAUAAUGGAGAGCUUAGUAUCCCCAUUGCAACCCUUUUCGGGGAUAAGGUUGCAUUCCCUAAAUUGAAGUCACUCCAAAUCUCUGGCCUAAAUAACUUUAACAAGCUAUGGAGCAAUCACAUUUCAGCUUCCUCUUUGUGUGAACUGCAAAGACUGGAAGUGCGUGACUGUCAAAAACUAUCAGUCAUUUUUCCAUCCGAUGUAGCAAAAGGCCUCCUGAAACUUGAGAAACUUUUGGUAGAUGUUUGUGGGGCAGAGUACAUUAUUGACAAAGAUGAAGGAGACGAAACCGCACAGAACUUUGUGUUUCCUCAAUUAACAUCUCUGGAGCUUGGGACUUUGCUCAAACUCAAAAGUUUCUACCCUGGCAUGCACACCACGGAAUUUCCAAGGCUAACACUAUUACAUGUGUUUCAUUGUGGUGAAUUAAGGACAUUUCCUAUCGAAGUGCGAGAAGCUAGUGGGCUUGUUAAUCCAGUUUACCAACCACUGUUUUCAGUUGAGAAGGUAUGAGCCUCUUACUUUUAGAAUUUUUUAGAUAUAACCUUAAG